AUGGCGGCGGUGGAAGCGAAGGGGAGCCCACACGUCGUCCUCUUUCCCUUCCUAGCUCACGGCCACGUCCCUGCUUUCCUCCGCCUGGCUGGCCGCCUCCGCGCGCUCCGCCCAGGGCUCGACGUCACACUCGUCUCCACCCCGCGGCUCCUGGGCUCCCUCACGCUCCCACCGGCCUCCCCACCAGUGCGCCUCCACGCGCUCCCGUUCGCCCCCGCCGACCACGGCCUGCCCCCGGGCGCCGACUCCCUCGCCGAUAUCCAGGUCCACCAGUUCAUCACCUUCUUCAGGGCCUCCGAGUCGCUCCGCCCCGCGUUCGAGAAAUUCAUCUCCGGCAUCGGUUCCCCAGUCUGCAUCGUCGCCGACGCCUUCUUCGGGUGGACGGCCGAGGUCGCGCGCGCGCGGGGCGCGCCCCACGCCGUGUUCCUCCCCGGCGGCGCGUUCGGCAACGCCGUGUUCUUCUCCGUGUGGGAGCACCUCCCGCACGCCCUCACGGACGCCGACGAUUUCCCGCUACCGGAUUUCCCAGACGUCGUUCUCCACCGCACGCAGAUCCCGAGGUUCAUGCUCGCCGCCACGGGGGCGGACCCCUGGACGGCCUUCUUCCGGCGCGUCAUCGCCUUCUGCCGAGAGACCGACGCUCUCCUCGUCAACACCGUCCAGGAACUGGAACCCACCGGCCUCGACAUGCUCCGACGAAGCUUCGGCGUCCAGCCAUGGCCAAUCGGGCCAGUCCUCGCAGCGCCGACCCCGUCGUUGGACUCGCGGGACGACGACACCAGCAUCAUCCAGUGGCUGGACACGCACCCGCCGCGCUCGGUGCUGUACAUAUCGUUCGGAUCGCAGAACAGCAUCAGCGCGGAUCAGAUGACGGAGCUCGCGCUGGGGUUGAAGGCGAGCGGCCGCCCCUUCCUGUGGGCGCUCCGCCCGCCGCUGGGGUUCGACGCGAAGGACGUGUUCAGGCCCGAGUGGCUCCCGGCCGGCUUCGAGGAGCGAACGGCGAGGGCGAAGGCGAAGACGGGACUGCUGGUGCGCGGGUGGGCGCCGCAGGUGCGGAUCCUGUCGCACCCGUCCACCGGCGCGUUCCUGAGCCACUGCGGGUGGAACUCCGUCCUCGAGAGCCUGUCCCGCAGCGUGCCGCUCAUCGGGUGGCCGCUGGGCGCCGAGCAGUUCUUCAACGCAAAGCUCGCAGUCGAGUGGGGCGUCUGCGUGGAGGUGGCGCGCGGGAACCUGGAGAGCUCCGCGGUGGAGAGCGGGGCGGUGGCCGAGGCCGUGCGGGCGGUGAUGGGGGAGACGGCGAAGGGUGGUGAGAUGAGGAGGAAGGCCGCGGCGAUCGCGCGCACCAUGGAGGCAGCGUGGGAAGCGCCGGGCGGGUCCGCGGCGCAGAGCCUGGAAGGGUUCCUGAGAUGCGUUGAGACUUCUUGA